AACACCUUCGAACAUGGCGGACAAUGGAACUAUCGGACGGAAUCCGUUCGCAAUCAAAACUUCAAACACUCCGACCAGAGGCUCUGAAGACCAGGCCAGAGAACCUCGACCCCUGGUAGCACCUCCGACAUUGGUUCUUGGUCAGGAAGCUCCGAGGUCUUCAGGGUUCGUCUUGAAGCCGUCUGCGCUUUCGGCGCAAGCGUCGAAUCUCAAAAUAUACAACACUCCUACCACGCUCAACAACGGCAAAGCGGAAACUAAGGAGAGCGACCGUUUGUCAGGCGACCCCGCCGAGAAGAAAGAUGAGGUCGAUGAAGCAGGUGUCUCUGAGAAAGAAGACGCGCCCGAGAAAAGCAUAGAAUCGGAUGUCAGAAAAGGGCCCGACGCGGAAAAUCCGUUGGAUGGAGAGUCGGAGAAGGAAAUCGAACCUGGAAAACAAGUGGAGGCCAACAGAGCUCCCGAAACUGGACCUGGUGCUGUAAAUACAGAGAGUCAGGAAGAGCCGAAAGUACCGGUCGAAGCCGAGACUCUCAUCGAGAAGGAAGAAACGAAACUCCUUGACAAAACUUCCGAUAACGAGAAAAUCGAUGGCUCCGAGGCAGCCAAAUCUGACAGCGGAAAUCAUUCGACCGCCUCAAACAGUUUUCGGCCAGAAUUUAGAGGAGCGUGUUACCAAUGUUCCCGAGAGCAGUUUCGUAUUCGGACAGAAUCUCCGAGACAGAGUAACGAAACUGCCGACGUCGAGUCGAAAACGCCCUCGGAUUUCGCAGAAGCCGCUUCCGUGAAUGCGGAACCUGACAAUAAAACCGAGAGUCCAGCCAAAGGAGAGAAACGCAGUCUCAAUGAAACCGCCGAAGAGUAUCAGCUGAGAAUGGAGAGCGAUGCCAAGAAGAGCAAGCUCGAGGAAGUCGAAGUCGUGACAGGUGAGGAAGACGAACGAAACGUCGUCCAGAUCAACUGCAAACUGUACAUCUUCGAGGGAAAUCAAUAUCUCGAGCGGGGUCGUGGCGUACUCCGACUGAACGACAAACAAAACCCUGAAGACGGGUCUCUACAGAGCCGAGUUGUAAUGCGCACCCAAGGUAUCCUGCGGGUAGUCUUGAACACAAAAGUCUGGGCGGGAAUGUCGGUCGAAUACGCCAACGACAGAUCCUUGAGGAUGACGGGACAUGCUCCCGACGGCACCAGCGCCGUUUAUCUCAUUCAGUGUUCGACUCGAGAAGCGGAGCAGCUCUACAACGCCUUGGAAUGGAGAGUUCAGGCUCUUAGGAACGCUGGCCAAACCGGGAGCAGCGGCCGGGAGGACAAAUCGAGCGUGCAAGACGACAAGGGCGACAACACGGACAGUAACAGCAAUACGAUUGGUUGAUGCGAAUGACAGAGAACGGUGUCUCGGUCUCGUCUCGCCGAAUCUUAAUGGGGGAACAUCGACAAAAGCUGCACCAUCAACAGCAUGCUCUAGGUCAUCUUUGUGCACUUGGUCUCACGAAAAUAUUCGGAGACAGUUCUCCGUCGAUACUAUGGUUUCGUUCUCGAUCCGACAAUCACUCAACGCGGAUCGUAUCAUGGAAUGAUUCGAUCGAGACCGAUCGAUUGAAGAAACGAUACUGAUAGGGCGAAUAUGAAGCGAAGGUUCCGUGGCUUCUUGCAGUGUGUAUACUGGGCAUUGUCGUGCGUGAAUAAUCGUGAUUGCAGUAUGUGUAAAAUAAUAGUGAGUUGGAGAGUAUUCCGUUGAUGUAGCACGCUACACUUAAUAAAUCGAUACAUCCACG